UCGGAGAGUCAGUCUCCGAAAGAAUCUCGUUGUGAACGGUUGAAUAGAACGCGGGUUGAGUGAGAAAGUGCUGUGCUGUGAAGGAUUUAUCAGUGUCCCCCUUUUGAUGAGAUCAUGAGGUGUAGCUGCCUCCUAAUUGGCCUUCUGGGUCUCCUUCUCAUCCAAAGUACUUCCGGGAUUACCGUUGAAGAUCUCUACGAUGUCACAAAUGGCGGACGGGCGUCCUUCCUGCCGCCGGGAAAUGAUAAUUUUGAAAAUGUUAAACUCCCAGCUCCCAUUUAUUUCUACACACAACAAUAUGAGGAUAUUUUUAUUAACACGAAUGGCAUUCUGACCUUCCGUUCGGAGUAUCCUUUCUUCGCCAACGCCCCAUUCCCCAUUGAAUAUCCCGCCAUUGCGCCCUUCUACACAAACGUCGACACCACCAUCCCCAGUGAGGGCUCCUUCAUUGCCCACUACAUCACGCAGGACCCCCAGGUUCUCUACAGAGCCACCGACGUCAUUCGCAAUGGCUUCACAAACACGAUUGACUUCGAAGCCCGCAGCAUCCUCGUCGCGACGUGGCACAGAGUUGGACAUUUCGACAGGAAGACUGAAGACCUCAACACGUAUCAGGUGGCCAUUAUUUGUGGGGAUAAAGAGACCUACGUGCAGUUCCUCUACCCGGAGGGAGGUUUAAAUUGGAUUAAGGGUGAUGUGGGUGAAUCUGGGCUCCCGGAUAUUCGUGCCCAGGCUGGUUUUGUCUCUGAAGAAGGCUCCGUUGUCACCCUCAAAGGCUCAGGCCUUGAGAAUGUUAAAUAUUUGUCUGAGCUCACAAAUUACGGCGUUCCGGGAAUCUUCCUCUACCGCGUGGGGCCAUUGGGUCUGGAUCAGGAUGUUGUGGAGCCUGAUCGGUACCUUGGAAGCCCUGAGUCGACGCAUCUCACAUGCAGGGAUCGCGGGAAGCACAGAUGCCAUUCAAAUGCAGUGUGUGAGGACACGAGGGCUGGGUUCUGCUGUAGCUGCAAGGAGGGGUACUACGGGAAUGGGUAUAGUUGCAUUAAGAGUGACGCCCCAAUAAGGGUUGCUGGACUCAUUACGGGCACUCUCGGGGGUAGGCCGGUUAAUUCGCAACUUCAGUCGUACGUUGUGACCGUUGAUGGGCGCACGUACACGGCUAUCAGCCCGUUGGAGCCUGAAAUUGGGAGUCGUUUGCAGAUUUUGCAAAUUGUCGGCAGCAGCAUUGCUUGGUUGUUUGCAAAGCCUUUCGGGGGUGCUAAGAAUGGGUAUCAACUAACCGGGGGUAGCCUCAAUCAUACAUCAGUCCUGCGCUUUGAAGGCAGCGGGGAGGAAUGCAGGGUAACGCAGAGGUUUACAGGACUCAAUAUGUGGGAUCAGUUGGCUGUUAACAUUGAGCUGGAUUGCAACCUCCCAGAGAUCCCAUACGGAGCUAGGCUCAAGUUUGGAGACUACGUUGAGGAAUUUACGCGUGUUUCAGACACAGAACUUCAUUCAAGUGAACGGGAACGUCGAAUUGGUAUUCAGGACUACGAUCGGGAUCUCGUCUUCAGCCUAACGCAGAUCAUCAGUUACGAACGGUGCCCGUAUGCUGAACAAUCUGCAGGCGCUGCUGGUGAAUCAAUCCCACAGAAAAUCUCCAAAGUGUCCGUGUCGUACGAACCACGGGAACAGGCUAUAAGGAUCAGUAUGCUGAGUCGAGCAGGAAUAGAUCAAUCAGUAAAUCCCUGCACCGAUGGUACGGCCAAAUGCGGCGAGAACACGCUCUGCAUCCCAGCACAGGAGGAUGAAGAUGCUGAGAAUUAUCUGUGUCAGUGCAAGAACGGAUUUGCUCCAGAUCGCAUUGUGGCAGGAGUUGAGCACUGUGUGGACAUCGAUGAAUGCCGUGGGGUUAAUAUUUGCGAUGAAAAUGCUGAAUGUUACAACGAAUUGGGAGGAUAUUCCUGCAUCUGUCGUCCUGGCUAUCACGGCAACGGCUACGAAUGCUACCCAGAGGGUUCUCCUGCGCCACCACCAAGGCCUGAACCACCUUCUCCUGACCCGUAUCCAACUCCUUCGCAUCCACAAGUUCCAGAAUAUCAUGAAGUUGAACCUGAAUCACGCUCCCAACCAUGUGAUUCCCAGAGUGUCUGUUCAACUAAUGCAAUUUGCAUCAGUGGACUAUGCUUCUGCAUCAAUGGUUACUCCGGUGAUGGCAGGACUUGUAUUCCUAACUGCAAUCAUGACGAAGAAUGGGUGCUUGAUCAGUGCGUCCAUAGACAAAAUCUAGAUCAGGAUUACCGACCUGUUCUCUUCUGUACAGAGGAGCGUUGCAGCUGCCCUACAGGCUUCCAGGUUAUUGAGUAUUCCUUCGGGACAACGUGCAUCCCGCGUGAGAAUAACUGGAUCUUCAAUGCAAGCGCAUUUUAUCCUCAAGAAGGAGGUAAUGGCAGAUUGGAGUCCUCCUGCAAUGUUCAGAACAACUGCAGUCCCUACGCUGAUUGCCAGAUGAGUCCCACUGAUUCUAGCUAUGAAUGCGUCUGCAAACCAGGCUACGAUGGCGAUGGUCAAACAUGUGAACCAAAAUCCAUUUCAUGUGCAGAAGAAGAUAUUUGUGAUGCUCACGCCACUUGCAAGUACGACUCAGAAGACAGGAGGAGUGUGUGCGUCUGUGAUCCAGGCUACGAAGGCAACGGACAAACCUGCUACUUAGCAGCUGAGUGCAUGCAUGACGACGAUUGUGGGAUCUCGUCAAUUUGCGAUGGAGGAAUUUGUCACUGCAAGGAAGGCUUUGAGAGGGAUAUGUCUGACUAUUGUGUCCCAAUUGGAUCCUGUGGUGGAGCUAUUUGUGCUGAAAAUGCCAUCUGCCGGUGGGAUCAAGGGCAGAUGGUUAGCUACUGCUACUGCCCGCCUGAAUUUGACGGUGAUGGCAUUCAUUCGUGCAAAUCCAAACCACCACCGUGCAAUGUAAGGAAUAACUGUGGGCUCUAUGCAUCCUGCUUACCCAACUACAGAGAUUCCACUGUAUAUGAAUGCGUCUGUGAUGCAGGAUUCGAAGGAGAUGGAUUUGUGUGCAGGAGAGAAGUUAACUGCAUCAUAGAUCCACACAUGUGUCAUCCACAGGCAACGUGUUUAGCUUCCCAAACAGGCGUCAAAUGCAUUUGCAAUCAAGGUUUCAUUGGGAAUGGAACACACUGUGCCGAAGUGCAGCAACAUGAAACAGGAUUCCUCCUAAUCAGUCAGGGUGUUGCAGUUGUUCGUGUUCCCUUUUCAGCUCAACGUGGACGUCCUGUUUCCAUGUCCCAAAUGGCCAUUGGAGUGGAUAAGGAUUGUGCAGAAGGACGCGUUUAUUGGAGUGAUAUCUCCUCUAAGACAAUCAUGAGCUCCAAAUACGAUGGAAGCGAUAAGAAGACGUUUAUUUCUGAAGAUAUUCUGUCUCCGGAGGGAAUAGCCGUGGAUUGGAUUUCAAGAAGGAUCUACUGGACUGAUUCAACAAAGGAUACAAUUGAAGUUGCCAGUUUGGAUGAUCCUAAAUUGAGAGCUGUUAUCAUUCGUAAGGAUUUGGUUAAUCCACGUGGAAUUGCCGUUGAUCCUCAUCAUGGAAAGAUCUACUGGUCUGACUGGAAUCGUGAUCAGCCGAAGAUUGAAUGGUCUAAUCUGGAUGGGACAGCACGGGAAGUUCUUCUGGGUAAACCAGACGUUGUUCUUCCAAAUUCUCUGGCAAUCUUCCAGAAAUCCGGAGAGUUGUGCUACGCUGAUGCAGGAAAUAUGCAAAUCGGCUGCAUUGAUACGUACUCAAAGACACCACGCGUGAUCAUUGCAAAUCUCUCCUAUCCCUUCGGUUUGGCCAUCUCCGAUGAUCACUUUUACUGGACCGAUUGGUCUACAAAGCGGAUUGAGAGCAUUGACUUGAUGGGAAAUCGCAAAACGGGCAUUUCGGGACCACUCUUUGGCAGCCACAAGAUGUACGGCAUGACGGCGGUUACGGCAGAGUGCCCAAUGUACUUCAGUGAGUGUCAGGUGAACAAUGGCGACUGCCCCGAGUCCCGGAUCUGCCUCCACAAUCCCAAUGCCCCAUCGGGAAGAAGCUGUAAAUGUGCCAACUCCAACAAUUGCAACGAACUCGUGUUCGAUGACUAAAAGUUGCGUGUGUUUGUGUUCGUUUUUCUUUUUUAAUUAAAGGAUUUGCAAUAUUAUUAAAAUUUAAAUUUAUUAUUAAAACAAAAAACCUUGUAAAACGCCAACGCAAUAAAAAAUGUGUCGCCAGAGAAAGAAAA